AUGUUCCGCUCUCUGCUCGCUGUCAGAAGACCUGCUCAGCAACAAUCCAUGUUGAGAACCUCAGUUAGAAUGAUCAGAACAUUCAAACAGGAAGAGCAACCAAGGCUUAGAAUUAACUCUGUUGCCCCCAACUUUACUGCCCCAUCGACGCAGGGCCAACUGAACCUACACGAGUAUUUGGGAGAUUCGUGGGGUGUAUUUUUCUCGCAUCCUGCGGACUUCACCCCUGUGUGUACGACGGAAUUGGGCGCUUUUGCCCAGCUGAAACCCGAAUUUGAAAAGCGCAACGUCAAGCUCAUUGGUCUGUCUGCCGAGGAGGUGGACAAACACCAGAACUGGAUCAAGGACAUUGAGGAAAUUAGCAGUCUCGACAAGUUUUCGUUUCCCAUCAUUGGCGACGCCAGUCGUGAAGUGGCGUUCUUGUACGACAUGGUUGACGAAGAAGGUUUCAAAAACCUCAGCAAGGGCGUCGUGGCGACCAUCAGAAGCGUCUACGUGAUCGACCCUUCCAAGAAGGUCCGUUUGAUCAUCACAUACCCUGCUUCCGUGGGCAGAAACUCGAGCGAAGUUCUAAGGGUUAUCGAUGCUUUGCAAAAGGGUGACUCCAAGGGAGUUGUGACGCCAAUCAACUGGCAGCCAGGUGAAGACGUUAUCAUUCCUCCUUCCGUCUCAGACGCUGACGCGAAGACUAAGUUCGGUGAUUUCAAGACCGUCAAGCCAUACUUGCGUUACACCAAGGCCUAA